UUGUGUUUUCGACAUUGUCCGGGUGCAGCGAGGACGCGUGUGAUUGGUUGAGCGCAUCUGUCAAUUAAUCUUAUUGGUCAUUAGAGCGUUCAUCGUUGACGUUGAUAUCCGGCAUUCCGCAAGAAAAUCAGAAGAAAGCCAGUUUAGGGGACGCGCUGGUGUGAGGUGAGAUCACCCUUACCGAGCGGAUUAGAUUAGAAAUACUGGUCCAUUUAAUAACGUCACGCCUGUAUUAACACCGUCAGUCUUUGACCAUGAAACACUGACCACAUGUUGUCAAGAUCGCACGGACCAGAGGCAGCUUUUGAGGGACUCUUGAUCUGGCUAAGUGGACUGAGUGAUCGCUUAAAGGGAAUCUCCUAUUCGACUCAUCUGAUACAGUGACUUCACCAGAUCUAAGCGUUCCUGCCUUCACCAACGCUUCCAGCAUCAGGACCUUCUAGUACAGGAUGAAUCACCUAUCUUUGAGUGAGUUAUGUUGCCUAUUCUGCUGUCCGCCGUGCCCGAGCAGAAUAGCUUCCAAGCUGGCCUUCCUUCCACCGGAGCCCACUUACACCCUGAUGUGUGAUGAGAGCGGCAGCCGCUGGACCCUCCAUCUUUCUGAGCGUGCGGAUUGGCAGUAUUCUGUCCGGGAGAAGGACACCAUUGAGUGCUUCAUGACCCGGACAUCUAGAGGGAACCGAAUCGCUUGUAUGUUUGUGCGAUGUUCUCCCAACGCUCGCUACACCUUAUUGUUUUCCCAUGGUAAUGCUGUAGACUUGGGCCAGAUGAGUAGCUUCUACAUCGGCCUGGGGUCCCGCAUCAACUGUAACGUGUUCUCCUACGACUACUCGGGUUACGGGGCAAGCUCAGGGAAGCCUUCGGAGAAGAAUUUGUAUGCUGAUGUGGACGCUGCCUGGCAUGCACUACGAACAAGGUAUGGAAUCAGGCCAGAGAACGUGAUAAUUUAUGGCCAGAGCAUCGGUACGGUCCCUUCAGUAGAUCUGGCCUCUCGGUAUGAGAGCGCUGCCGUCAUCCUUCACUCCCCUCUGACCUCAGGCAUGCGGGUGGCUUUUCCUGAUACCAAGAAGACGUACUGCUUCGAUGCAUUCCCCAACAUUGAUAAAAUCUCUAAAGUCACUUCUCCGGUGCUGGUGAUCCAUGGUACGGAGGAUGAGGUGAUUGAUUUCUCCCAUGGGCUGGCCCUGUACGAACGUUGCCAGCGGCCCGUGGAGCCGCUGUGGGUGGAGGGUGCGGGACACAACGAUGUAGAACUGUAUGGACAGUACCUGGAGCGCUUGAAACAGUUUGUGGCUCACGAAAUUGUAAAUUUAUAGAUGGACCUCAAGAUCAGGACUCGCCUUACUUGAUGAACAUACCCCUGGUGCCCAGCAGGCGACUGUGAACUUGACAGCAAUUAUUCUAAUUAAGUUGCACUUCUCCAUGCUAUAGAGAAAAUAGGAGAUGUGUCUUUACUGCCUUUCUUAGGGGUGUGUUUGUGUAACUACUUCUACAGACGUGGGCGGAGGACUCGGAUGUUUCGGUGACCCGACUGUGUGUCUUGAUAGUAUGUACUAAAGUAUCAAACCCAUUCCAUUUAUGUCCAGUUUUUGUUUUGCUGUAUGCAUGUGAUCAUAUACACAAUGGAGUACUGUACAAAUGCAACAUUCUAAUACAAAUAAUUGCCAUACAGGUGAUGCCAAAUAAUAUAUUAAACUUUAAUACAUUACUUUGUAUGUACAUGUUUCUCAAAACAUGCCUGCUUAAGCACAAUGUGUGCAAUCUGUAUGACAUUUUGGUAUGUUUCUUUUUCUCCAUGUCCUCACACUUGUCUGUUUUGCUCUUAAGUGUAUUCUUUAAAACAAUGCUGGACAAUAGGACAGUGAUAUCGGUUUUAACUUUCAAAUAAACAAAUACGCUUUUCAAAAUAAAGAAACACUUUAUAAUUUUGGCUUACAAUAGCUGAAAGUAUACACACACCUGCUCAAACAGAGCAAUGGCGAUAUUAGUAACAGUCCAUUUGUUAUCUGCUUGUUGCACUUUUUUUUAAUGGAAAUCCAUCAGACCUCUUGAUUACACAUAUACUGAACUUAACACUUGUUUCUGUUCAGAGUCAUUGCUUUGCCAUUUAGUCAAAUAUAAUUUAUACCAUCUUGUGUCUCAGAUGAAAUGCACACAACUUUUGUUGUUGUCUUGCGCCAUGAUAAGGCUGUUACUUUAGACACUGCUGCUGAAUUCAGGCAGUGACAUUUAGUUUCUCUUUAGAGAACCACUGGACACGGUGAGGAGAGUUUGGAAGGAUGUGAUUUAAUGUCUGUAUAUGGAAAAUUAAUGAUGCUCUAAAGUAGAUCUUGGUACUUCUCAAAUGUAAAAGAAAACUUUCACCCUGUUCCACACUUUGUAAAUAACCUUAGUUUGAAUGGGUUUUUUAUUUCCUGUACUAUGAAACUGGUGAUAAUGUUGUUAUUACCACUGUAAAGUGAUUUAUUAUUAUAUUAUGUAUGGCACAGAAUAGAUUUUAACUGGUCAGACUGAAGCACAAACUGACGUGCUUCAGUUUUUCCAGAUGUGUUGUUUUUCUGUUUUUCUAAACACCCAUUGUAAAAGAAAAUUGCUAUACUGUAUGUAAUUAUGAUCUUAGAUAUAAUACAAAAUUGGAAAUAAAGAUGUAUUUC